AUGUCCCUUGAGACGCUGCCUCCCUUCAUUCCUCUAUCUGUCUCUGCUGCUGCUGCUGCUGUUGCUGCUCCUGCUGCUCCUGCUGCUGCUGCCUCUGCUGUCACCCUCGACGAUUCCUCCUCCUCCCUGCACCGUCUACCCACAAGCGGCGACCACCAAAACGAGCCCCUCCCCUCCACCGACGACGUCUAUCACGACCAGCGCUACCAGAGGCCCAACCGAGCACCUUACGCUGACCCAGACGCUCUUCCCCUCACCCCCAGUGCUGGCAAGAGCACCACCCCGUCUGCACCUUCCUUGCGCUCCGCCCACUCCGGCAGGCGCUACACCCUCUCGCGCUUUCCCCUCCUCCGUAAAGGCAGCCGCGAGCUUGUCCGCUGGCCGUCAACCAACACAAAGGGCAACAGCAGCAACAACAACAACAACAACAACAACAUUCCUGUCGAGUCCCCCUUCCUCGCCACCGGUGCCCCCAGGCCCUCCGUCUCCAUCUCACGUGGUCCUGACGAUUCGCCGCUCGUCCGCAGCUCCGUCGCCGACGCCCGCGAGCCCAACGUCAUCAGCGAAGAGGUGGAACCGACGCAAUCUGUGCCCACCAAGCAACUCGACAAGAUGCAUCAAACCAGUUCGCGCUUAUUGCGCAUGACGGAUGAUGAAAGGCCGUACACGAGGGUGAGUCUGGACUUUCUUUCUUUUUUCGCCGCAUCUGUUUCCCCAGUUGUCAGAAGCGUGGGCGUGUCGGAGGCGAAAGGGUGGGACUUCAAGGAUCUCUUCUCUACCCUCAUGGUCUCGCUACCUCUCACACCCCACCGUGUGCGCUUCAGGAUGAUCGACUAUACCUUCACCUCUGACGAGGCCAUUACAAAUCUGGGGUCGCUCAAAUUCUCCCAAUCAAAUCGCAUGCCCGACCCCAAGGAUGCAUCACGUGUUGUCACUACCACCACGACCACCACCUUCUCCAUGGCUAAAGAGAUGGCUCGCUCCGUGUGCCAAAAGUUCCUCGAAGCGAAAUUCAUUGAGUCCGUUGAAGGCAAAACCGACUUCACCAACAAGAGUUCAGUCUGGCAAUUAACGCCCAAGGGUAUCCAUAUCCUGGAGCGCUUCUGUACACGCAAUGGUAUCCAGUCUGCCCAUGUAAAGGCCGUGAUUGAUUCCCAGAGAAACCCGCACCAACUCGUCAUUCUCGAGCGCAACUUGGAAAACGACAAGCUGCAUCAUGAUGAGCAAACCGUGGAGAUUCUCUUCCGUCGCUUCGUUGGUACAACCGCGAAUGAGGCUUCCUCUGAUGCCGACUCCAUUCAUGAGUUUUCCAAGUGUGACGUAGGCGUCAAACUUGUCAAGCACCGACCUACGAGCAGCCGCCAAUUCGAAUACACAUUCCAUGGACGCAAUGCUGCCCAGUGGCUGAUGGACUGUACCACCAUGGUCGACCCACGAGAAUCUGUCGAAAUCGGCUCGCUUUUCUUGCAGCUCAAGCUCAUUGCUCCUGUUGAUCCUCGCAACUCGGAGCAUACUUUCCUGCCUGUCAAGAAUGUGCACUACUUCAUCACUCCGCACGGUGAGCGUGUAGCUGGAUGGACGAUAGAAGAUAUCCCCACUGCCAAUGAAGUGGUAACCAAGUCAAGAGACGGUGUCACUCGUGACUCGAAUAGUAAUCGCACCAACGUCAUUAUCCGCAAUCCAUCCUGGCGACUCUUGUAUCGCGAAUUCUUGAAGGAGACCAUGUGUGAGGAGAACUUGUCAUUCUACCUCGAAGUGCAAGAGUUCAAUAGACAAUAUCGCCAAGCAAUCAACGACAAGGGCGAGAACAAGGUGGAGACAAUUCGUGAGACGCUCGCUGCUGCGUAUGGUUUGUACAACGCUUUCUUAGCACCAGGAUCGCCAAAUGAGCUCAACAUCGACCACGGUCUCCGCACGCAACUAGCUACACGGAUGACUCGUGCAGUCGGCGACGAUGCUGCCAUGCUGCAAAGUCUGAAUGAAGUCGCUUCUCUUUUUGAGAAGGCCCAGAAUUCAAUCUUCAAGCUGAUGUCAAGUGACUCUGUACCCAAGUUCAUCAAGCACCCUAAGUACGCACCUCAGCUCCGAGGCCUGGAUGCUGCCGCUGCACAGUCCUACGUCGCCGCAUCUCCCGUAUCAUCACGGCCAACGCAAAUUGCUUGA